AUGACAAGCGUCCUACCCCAAGGGGAUAUCAUUGGUAUGAAGCGUUGCAACACGUCGAUCAUGCCCACAAGGCAAACCAACGUCGCUCAGCUUCAAGGAUUUUACUGGCCACGAUAUGUCACGCUUCCAGUUUCCUCCAACAAGAGUAAACCAUCUGAGAAAGUGAAGCCCGCAAAGGCAAUGAGACCACGAAAGAACUCAUUCUCCAAGGAGAGACAACAGAUUGAAGCAUGCUUGAAGCUGCUGCCAAAGACUUCUCUUGACUUUGACAUUUUGGCGACACUUUCGCCGCAGCCUGAAACGUUUUUGCACAACAGUGGUCCUGAAGAACGUCAACCACAACAUUCGUAUGCAUGGAACCCAGUCUCUCGCAGGGAAGCUCUCAACAGCAAGAAUUCUUCAUUGAAGUAUGUGUCUCGAAUGGUGCCUGUCAAGGUUUCAAGAAAACAUUCUCCACGAAAAGGCUUGCGAAGAGCUGACAAACGGCCGAUGUGCAAGGGAUAA